GUGGAGUGGGGGGUCCUGGCAGGGACCAGGCAGGCCCCGGAGGGGCAGCAGUGACUCUUCUGCCCGUGGGUAAUGCGUGGGGGAAACUGAGGCACAGAGGGGUCGCUGAGGUUGGAGGUGGUUUGGGGGGGCUCCUGCCCAUAACGGCCCCCGUUGUCUCCCCACAGGAGGUUUGCCAUGGCCGACCCCAGCCACAUCCAGUCCGCCGCCUCCAAGAGCAUCCGCCCCUUCCGCUCCAGCGAGGAGUACCUGGAGGCCAUGAAGGAGGACCUGGCCGAGUGGUUCAACACCCUCUACGACCUGGACAUCCAGGUGGACACCUUCCUGGAGAGCCUGGAGACGGGCUGCCACCUCUGCCGCCACGCCAACAACGUCACGCGGGCGGCGCGGGAGUUCCAGCAGCGGCGGCCCGAGGCGGCGGCGCGCCUGCGGCUGCCCCGCAGCGAGGUGCUGUUCACGGCCAGGAACGUGGCGCCCGGCUCCUUCAUCGCCCGCGACAACGUCUCCAACUUCAUCCGCUGGUGCCGCCAGGACCUGGGCAUCCAGGACGUGCUCAUGUUCGAGACCAACGACUUGGUGCUGAAGAAGAACGAGAAGAACUUUGUCCUCUGCCUGCUGGAGGUGGCCAGGAGGGGCUCCAAGUUUGGGAUGCUGGCGCCCAUGCUGAUCCAGAUGGAGGAGGAGAUUGAGGAGGAGCUUACAGUGGGGGAUGCUGGCCCCAUAAUGGGGGGGUCUAUGCCACCCCGGCCCUGUAGGGGGGUUGUGGACCCCACCGACCCCUCCCCUCUGUGCCGGCAGGUGCGGGAGAUCCUGGGCUGCUGCUCCUGCCCCUCGCAAUUCCCCAUGGUCAAGGUCUCGGAAGGGAAGUACAAAGUGGGCGACUCCAACACGCUCAUCUUCGUCCGAGUGCUGAGGAGCCACGUCAUGGUGCGCGUGGGCGGCGGCUGGGACACGCUGGAGCAUUACCUGGACAAGCACGACCCGUGUCGCUGCGCUGCCCUCUGUGAGUGUCUGCGGGACCCCCACGGCACAGCCCACCCCGCCCCGCACGGCCCCUGUGGGGCGCCGUUCCCUGGAGAUCCACGGGGGCCGUUCCCGGAUUCUCCCUGGGGCUCCAUUCCCUGCUUGUCUGUGGAGCCCCUUUCCCUGGUUCUCCACAGGGUUCUGUUCUGCAGGGCUCCAUUCCCUGAUUUUCUGGGGGUUCUAUUCCCUGAUUUUCUCUGGGGGUUCUGCUCCCUGUUUCCCCAUGGGGCUCCAUCCCCUGGUUCUCCAGAGGGCUCUGUUCUUGGAGGUUCUGUGCCCACCAGCCCUAUAAGUGGGGGGGGGAGGGUCUGCACCUACCGGCCCUAUAGCAGGGGGUCUGUACCUACCGAUCCUAUAACAGAACAGGGGGUCUGCACCUACCGACCCUAUAGCAGGGGGUCUGUACCUACCGAUCCUAUAACAGAACAGGGGCACGGGCUGCCCGCCGGGAACGGCGACGGGAACAACGACGGGAACAACAACGGGAACAGUAACGGGAACAACGGGAACAGUAACGGGAACAGUAACGGGAACAGUAACGGGAACAACGGCGGGUGCGCCCCGCUGCCCUCCCGCCCCAGCCUGGCCGACCCCACGGAGAGCGCCCCCCCCGCGCCCCCCGCCGCCGCCGACUCGGCCUAUUGCUCCUCGUCAUCCUCGUCUUCCUCGCUGAACGUGUUCGCCAAGCACGGGCUGCCCGCCGGGAACGGCGACGGGAACAACGACGGGAACAACAACGGGAGCAGUAACGGCAACAACGGGAACAAUAACGGGAGCAGUAACGGGAACAGUAACGGGAACAGUAACGGGAACAACGGCGGGUGCGCCCCGCUGCCCUCCCGCCCCAGCCUGGCCGACGCCCGGCGCCGCUCCACCUUCUCCAGCUCCUCCGACGAGAGCUGCUGCUUCCCGGCCUCGUGGGACAGCCGGGAGGCGGCGGGGAACCCCGGCUCCGACACCGAGUGGGCGGCGGGCGAGGACGACGCGAUGGAGGCGGAGGAGAGCCCGCGGCUCCCCGCGCGGCCCCGGGCCAAGCCCCGGCUGGACACGCAGCCCCACCGGGCGCCCUCCCGCAUCCCCACGCCCCGGGCGCACGGGCCCGGAGCCCAGCGGGCCCCGAACGGCGGCCCCAGGGCCUGGGGGGCUCUGCAGAGCGUCCCCCACUCCCUGCUGGAGCCGCCCUGGGCCCCGCGGGAGCGCCAGGGGCUGGAGGAGAAGGCGUGGCCGUGACAGGUGACACGGUGAGGUGGCAGCGCCUCGGGGACAGCCCCGAGGUGGCCGGGAGGUGGCCACAGAGCUGGGGUGGCCAGGACUCGGCAUUGGUGACAGCUGGCGUGGGGGGCCCUGCGAGGAGCCCCCCCAGAGGGUGCCCGGGUGUCCCCAGGCCAUGGGGAGCAGCUCCACGGGGCGCGGGCACGGCAGUGCUAGAGCAGAGCUGGCACCGGGACACCGGGCUGGAGAGCACCCGGUUCUUGCUCUCUGCACCUCUCCUCGUUCUUCUCCACUUGUUUUCCUCACCUUAACCUCUUCUUGUGUUCUCGUCGUCUUGCUAUUCUUGUCAUCUUCCUCCCCAUUGGCCCUCUCCUCUCCUCUCCUCUCCUCUCCUCUCCUCUCCUCUCCUCGUGCAGUUUGUCACCCCAGCCCCUAUUUCAGGGCAGAGGGGGGGGGUCACUCUUCCCUCUCCAGCCCCCAGCCAGCCACAGCACUGCCCACAGCUCGUGUUGAUGUCCCUGGGGUGGGACAGGGCUGUGCCCCCAGCCCAGGCCACCGUGGCCCCCACCCCUGCAGCCCUGCAUGUCCUCUCCAGCCAGUAAAGACCAACGGAGCUGA